CCUGGGUCAGAGGGAGGAGGAGAGGAGAGGAGAGGAGGAGGCGGCCAGCCAGCCAGCCUUUGCCUCUGCCUCGGCCUCCUCCUCCGCUCCCAUUGUGGCUCCAUGAAGCGGAGGGCGGCGAGGGACCCCGUCCUCCCUCCCUCCCAUUGAGGACCCCCCUGCUUCCUCCCUCCGAGGCUUUGCCCUCUCCUUUCUGUGCAUUGCAAGGUGAGAGGAAGUGUCAACAUGAGCCGCAUGGAGGAGAAUUUCAGCCGCGAAGAGGCGAGAUCCCAACUCGUGACCAAAAGGAAACUCCUAAAGAUGCUGAGCUUAAGUCCUGGGCACAGCCAAACGCGUGGGACGGAAGGGAGGGAGAAGAAAAUCCCUUCCAUGACAUGGCCAGUGAAACCUGUACACACCAUCAAGAAACGCAAAGCCUUCCUAGUCCAUCGGGGGACCCAGACGGAAGAAAUCCCCGACAUCUGUAUCGAGUGCGGGAAGGUCUUCAUCCAGAACUCGAGCCUGAUCAGCCCGUGGCCUGUCCAGUCCGACGAUAAGCCACAUAAAUGUUCAGAGUGCGGGAAAAGCUUUACCGUUCGUUCCAGCCUGAAUCGGCAUCAGAGGAUCCACACUGGGGAGAAGCCUUACAUCUGCCUCGACUGUGGAAAACGCUUCAACGACAAGUCCAACCUCACGCAGCACCAGCGCAUCCACACCGGGGAGAAGCCGUACGAGUGCAUCGACUGCGGCAAAAGCUACAGCCGCAGUUCCCACAAGAAAAAGCACCUGAAGGACUCGGACGAGAUGCAGGAGGCGUUUGGCGAAGGGGAGGGCGCCGAGGUCAGCGGCCUCAUCGAGAAGCCCAAAUCGAAACAGAAAGCGGAGGUGCUGAACACCUGCACGGAGUGCCUGCGGAGCUUCAGCCACAACGCUGACCUGAUCAAGCACAUGCGCAUCCACACAGGGGAGAAGCCCUAUAAGUGCAACAUCUGCGAAAAGAGUUUCAACGUCAGCUCCAACCUCUUCAGGCACCAGCGGAUCCACACGGGCGAGAAGCCCUACGUGUGCUCCGAGUGUGGGAAUUGCUUCACUGACAAAUCGACCCUGGUCCAGCACCACCGGAUCCACACCGGUGAGAAGCCUUACGCCUGCAGGUUCUGCGGCAAGUGCUUCAGCCACAAAGCAAACCUUGUCAAGCACAUGCGCAUCCAUACGGGGGAGAAGCCCUUUGAGUGUAACCACUGUGGGAAAUGCUUCAACGUCAGCUCCAACCUUAUCAGGCACAAGAGGAUCCACACCGGGGAGAAGCCCUACACUUGCGCCGACUGCGGGAAGAGCUUCACUGACAAAUCCACCCUCACCCAGCAUAACCGUAUCCACACCGGGGAGAAACCCUACACGUGCACUUACUGCGGGAAAAGUUUCAGCCGCAGCUCUCAUCACAAGAGACACCAGCGCAUCCAUGCGGGAGAAAACCCUGUCUCUUUUCUGCCAUUGUGGCCUUACCCCAACCAGAUGUACUGAGGGGCCCUUUCGACUGUCGUGUGAUUGGCUAGAAUUUCCAUUGGACUUUUUCAUGGCUUCGUGGCAUUUAUUCAGUGUACAGUCAGCCCUCAACAUUUGUGGAGUUUGUUUCCAAAAGGUACCAAAUCCAUAUGAACAAAUUUUACAGGAGUAAAAAAAUGUACUGAUGUUACACAUUGUUUUGCUAUAAAAUGCAAUUUUCAAAGCUCUGUACUGAAAUGAUUUGAUACAUUUCAAGAGUUUUGAUCUGUACAUAACAUUCUGCUCUUAGCCAACAAUGUGCUGUCGCCUAUAACUAUUUUUUAAAUAUUUUUGAACUCGGUACCUUUUGGAAACAAACUGCAUAUUUACAUGUUUAACAUUUGGGUCAUUCUAUACCAAGUGGUCUAAACCCUCCCGUGAUCAUGUUCUCAAAUUUUGAUCAACUUUUAGCUGUAGCACCGGUCAAGUGUUAAACUAAAUUUCCCAAAAUCUGAGGUCUCUAACUGUAAUAGUUACUGAUCUAGACCCCUUAUCUGAAGGGUAGUCAAUCAGCAUGCACACGACAUUUAACAAAAUGACAUCUUUGGGGUCUAAUGAGGAUGCAUAAAACAUAAUGCAUAAAUGUACAAAAUAUAACAUACUGUGGAAUCUUGCUUAUCCAACAUAAACAGGCCAGCAGAAUGUGGGAUAAAUGAAAAUGUCAGAUAAUAUGGAGUCUCCUACUGUUACCUGUCUGACGCAGCACUAGACACCUAGUUUACUAACAACAGGGACUCAAAGGGUUAAGGCAAAGCAACAUCUCAGGGCUAGAGUUGUCCAGCAGGAAGUGCCCAGAUGUGGAAGAGGAGCAUGGAAAUCACAGAGGGAAGGAUGGAGUGCACUUCCACUUGCCUCUUUUCCCCCUUUCCUCCCUCCUCCUCCUCCUUGUCUUGCCUUUUUGACUUAUUGGAAAUGGAAGAGAGCUGAAUAAGAGCUUUGGAUAAGACAGAAUGUCGGAUAAGCGGAGGUCGGAUAAGCGAGACUCUACUGUACUUUGACCAGAGUAAAUGGAUAUUUAAUGGUCACAUUUCAAAACAAAAAUGUAUCAGUCUUAUAGAGAAAAAUUUUUCUCUUUCAGAUGAUACUAUUCACAAGCAUAUUCAGGUAGAUGUUUUUUUUAAUAUUUGGCUUUAAACUUUGGUAGAUUUUAACAAUUUGCACUGACAGUGCCAAAUUCGAAGAGAUCCUGUAGGGUGGUUAUAGAUACUGGAUAGCUGCAAGUCUGGCAGUAUUAUGUCCAACACAAUCACAAUGCUUGGUCAAAAUUUCAAGUCCGUAUCUUCGUUUGCAUGGAAAUGGUUGCAGUCUGCAUAUUGGUCAAAAUUUGUCACGAUGAGUCAUGACACAUUUUGAUGCACAAUUUGAGUCAACUUGUUUGACUAGAUUUUGCAUCCACAAUGUUAAAAUUAUUUUCAUUGAAAUCAGCACAAAAAACAGUACAGGAUUUCUUAACCAUUCUUAUAUAUUUAGUUUCAAUUUUAUUAGACCCCCCCAAAAUGGCAUUUUGUUAAAUGGCAUGCAUACGCUGUCUGCCCUUCAGAUAA